UGCAUGUGCCAUUGCCGACAAAGAAAUGGCCAUAUCUCACCUUUCCAACGCCGAGUCUCCGGAUGCGCAAGUUCCGCUAGUGCACAGCACCGUGGACGGUGUUAUUGACUACAAAGGCAACUCAGCCCUGAGAGCCAACUCCGGCAGCUGGAGGUCCGCCGCUUUCCUCAUAGGUGUGAAAGUGGCGGAGAGGUUUGCAUAUUUUGGGAUAAGCUGCAACAUUAGAACUUAUUUGAUGGGUUCACUGGGGCAGUCCACGGCUACAGCGGCCGAUUAGAGACUGAUCCAAAAAUUGAUUGAGAAAACAAUCAAUUACAUUAUAAAUAAAAAAAAAAAAUCUGAAUAUCAAGUAUAUACAUUUAGCAAUAGUAAUAUGAGGAAUGGUGAAAUUUAAGUUGGCAAAUGAGAAUUUACGAAAAUAGCAUUAUUUUAGUAUUUUAGUUCACACGAGAGAAGAUUAAAAGAUAUUUUGAUUCAUGUGGGGCUAGACACGCUCUAGCCCACGCACCUAGCCUUGGUCUAACUUGAGGCUCUCCCUUAAAAGACGUAGUCUAAUCCGCGUG